GACCGGCUCUGAGGCACCGGCAUUGCCGCAAGAUGAGAGAUCUUACGUUACUCUGCCUGCUACUAGUGCUCGCAUCUUCGCUGACGGCCGCAGCAGAUCGUCAGCGUCGCUCCAGCAUCUUCGGUAUGGCUGCGUGUGUUACGAGAAAUGCAGCCGUCCUCCUUCCCGCUGACGGCCGGUGCGCCGCGGGAAAGCUUCAGGCAGCCUACAGCGCCAUGAGAGAUGCUAACUGCAUUAACUGCGACAAGUACUUCCACUGCAUGGGCAACUACCGCGCUGUUCACGAGUGUGGCAACUCGGAGGAUGCUCGGCACGCCGCUGAAGUGAUCAGCAACUGCCGCGAGGAAGCGGACGCCGGUGGAGCUGACAGUGCUGCCGAUCAGGAGGCCAACCGAUAUGGCCGAGGGGGCGGCGACUGCGCCCACCGGUAUCUGGCUGCGGUGCGCUGCGCUUACAACCCGGAAACCAGGAGGUGCGGAUGAGCAGACGUACCAUCCUGUGAUGCCCAUUCAUAGGCUAUGUCUUUCAGUCAUUCAAAAUGUGGGGCCUUGAAUUUUUACAAUCUAACCGAUGAUCAGAGCAAUAAAGCCGCUUCUUUUGCG